AUGGCACCGGAUUUGGGAGGAUGGAUACACAGCUUUGCUGUAACUGAAACUCAAACCCAUAAAGCUGGUUUUACUCUCUACAAAAUAACAUCAAUUGUCUUUCCCAGGUCGGUGCCGCAGGCUUUAACCACCCUAGUGGUUUGGCGACGUUUUCAUGAUAUUAAAAAAUUGCAUCGUGAUUUAAAGAGACGACAUAAAAGCCUUGGUCUACCCGGCUAUAUGCCUGAACCCAUUGAUUGUUCAUUUUUCAAACGCUUCGAUCAAGAUGUUAUACGAAAACGUAAGGCCUAUAUUGUAUCGCUGUUGGAUUUCGUUGCCCAGCAUCCAGCCUUGUAUAAGUCACACAGUUUUGCCCAGUUCUUUAGCAGUGAAACAACGCCCUCAAAUAAAAUACACAAAUUAGUACAAAAAGCAGCACGUAGUUUCGUUAGGAGCCCUGAAAUUGAACAUGAUGUUGUGGUUAAUGGUAAGGCAGCCAACGAUGAUAUUGCAAAAUAUGAAAUAUUGCCGGAUGAUAACACCGAUAGAAAUGAGGAACAGGCAGAAGAGGAGACGGAGGAGGAGGACACCAUUUGUGGUGAUGGCGAAAACAUUAACAAAGAUACCAUCACCAAAACAAGUGGUCUAUCGACAACAACAACAACAACAACCAAGUGUAAUUUACGUUUUUUGACCCCCAUGGCAUCUGUGGAAAGUGAAGAUAGCGAUUAUAUUUACGAUGCAGCUCUCGAAUUCAGUUCAGCCGUACAAGCAGAAGCAAAUUUGGAUUAUAAUGAUGCUUAUAUGCGCUAUAAAUCCGGUGUUGAUAUAUUGUUGAAAGGUUGUAAAGACGAUUUGAAUGAGGAUAGGGUUUAUAUUGCCAGAGCGAAAAUAACCAAAUAUUUGGCCAGAGCAGAAGACAUCCAUGAGCGGUUUUUGAAAACAUCACAAAGGUCAAUUACCUCAAUCGUUUCGACAUCAAACUUCCAAUUAGCCUUAGAUGUAUCGUGCAAUACCAAUUCCGAGAGUUCUGGAUUUUAUCUCGAACGUCCAUGGAAUCAUAUGGCUAAAUAUAAAGUAAACGCCUUGCUGGGUAAUAAGGUGUUGUUGGUCUCGUGUAUUACCGAACCGUUAAAACCGAAAUAUGUAAUGAAGGGUAUUGAGAAGCCAUCCAGCAACUCGCCCACACAAACAGUAUUCCUUCCACAACAUGUGCCAUAUAUGGUGGAUCUAUUGGCGUUUUUCCAAUCUGAUCAGAAAAUAUUUCUAUUACUCAAGCUGGCCUUGGGUGGCAAUUUAAUUGAUUAUGUACAUUCCCAAAACCAAAGUAAUGCUAUUGCUGCAGCUAAGGAAAAACCCUGUGAUGGUGAUAUCACAUCUUCAGAUACUGUUACGGACCCAAUGAACUCAGACAGUAAUGUACAAGACUUGGUAGAAUCUUCCAAACAACUUAUUGAAUCUGUUUCAAAUACUAUAAACCAAUCGGAAUUCGUACCCCGCCUGGUGAACGGUAUUCUACUAUAUGGCAUUCCACAACAUUUACUUAAGAAGUGGUCACAACAACUGCUGGUUGCCAUACAUGCUUUGCAUGAGAAGAGUGUCAUAUUAUGUGAUCUUCAUAUGGACAAUUUAUUAUUAGAUGAAGAUGGUCAAUUACUUUUAACGUAUUUUUAUCAAAACGAAGGCAUCUCAUCGGAUAGUUUUAUUCACAAAGCCCUGAAUCCAAAGGCGCUGGAUAAUCAUUUUGUUGCACCGGAACGUCCUUUGACCUUACGUUCGGAUUGGUGGAGUUAUGGUGUUAUAUUGUAUGAAUUGUUUGUUGGUUUGCCCUUCAAAGCUGCACAUCCGGGUCAAAUCGAUUUAUAUGGUUUCGUGCAAUAUCCGGAAAAUAUCGAAAUACCAAAAGUAAUGCGCAACUUAUUGGAAAAACUAUUGCAACAGGAACCGGAAGAACGUCUCGACUAUGAGCGUAUCAAACAACAUGAAUAUUUUGAGGAUACCAAUUGGGAAGAGAUUAGACAAGAAGGUUUUAAUUGUACUACAAGUGAAAAUAAAAAUUAG